AAAAUGGAGAACUCUUUACGAAGUUACAAACUCGUGCUUCUAUUGGCAUUUACUUUAUUCCUGUUUCUUAACACGGAGCUGAGUUUACUUGCAUCUGCAAGAGCUCUAGAAAAUUAUUCCAAGGUUUAUAUAGUUUACCUUGGCGAAAGAGAACACGAUGAUCCCAAACUUGUCACUGCUUCUCAUCAUCAAAUGCUUGAAUCACUUCUUGAAAGCAAAGAAGACGCACAAAAAUCAAUGAUUUACAGCUACAAACAUGGAUUCUCUGGUUUCGCAGCACUUCUUACAUCUUCUCAAGCAAAGAAGAUAUCAGAGCAUCCAGAAGUAGUCCAUGUUAUACCAAACCGGAUUCUGAAACUGAAAACUACAAGAACUUGGGAUUACCUUGGCCUCUCUCCAAUUCCAACUUCCUUUUCUUCAUCAUCAGCAAAAGGUCUUCUUCAUAACACCAACAUGGGCAGUGAAGCUAUCAUUGGCGUCAUCGACAGUGGGAUAUGGCCAGAGUCAGAGGUAGUCAACGAUCAGGGUUUUGGACCAAUACCUGAACGUUGGAGAGGAAAAUGUGAAUCAGGAGAAAAGUUUGACGCUACAAUUCACUGCAACAACAAGCUAAUAGGAGCUAAGUAUUACCUAGAUGGCUUACUCGCCGAUAAUGGAGGAAUAUUCAACAGAACGAAAAUCCUCGAUUUCAAAUCCACCAGAGAUGCAAACGGUCACGGCACACAUACAGCCACAAUAGCCGGCGGUUCAUUCGUCCCCAACGUGAGCUUCUACGGUCUAGCUCGAGGUAUGGUUAGAGGCGGUGCUCCUAGGGCCCGCAUAGCCGUGUACAAGGCGUGUUGGAACAUAAUGCGAGACGAUGGAAGUGGAACCGUUGGAAAAUGCACUGAUGCUGAUAUAUAUAAAGCUUUUGAUGAUGCUAUGCAUGAUGGGGUUGAUGUUCUGUCUGUUUCUCUUGGCGGAAAACUUCCCGAGGAUUCCGAGGUCGUUUACCUCGGUUCUGUCGCGGCAUUUCAUGCGGUGGCUAAAGGGAUUCUGGUUGUGGCUGCGGCUGGUAACGAUGGGCCUGGUGCUCAGACUGUUGUCAAUGUUGCUCCUUGGUUCUUGACAGUUGCAGCAACUACUCUUGACCGGUCUUUUCCUACAAAGAUCACACUUGGCAAUAACCAAACCUUCUUCGCUGAAUCUCUGUAUACUGGACCGAAAAUUUCAACGGGUUUAGCUUUCUUAACCUCGACGAGUGAUGCUAAUGUUGAUGUGGAGGGGAAAACAGUUCUUGUUUUCGAUAGUAUCACUCCAGUUGUGGGGAAAGGUGCAGCAGGAGUCAUCUUUGUAAAACCUGAUGAUCUUCUUGAGAGAUGCGAUGGUUUUCCGUGCAUUUACACAGAUUACGAGCUUGGAACCGACAUUUUACAAUACAUACGUACCACCAGAUCGCCCACAGUGAGAAUCAGCGCGGCUAAAACAUUAACAGGUCUGCCUGCAACUACAAAGGUUGCUGCAUUUUCAUGUAGAGGGCCUAAUUCUGUUUCACCAGCCAUCCUCAAGCCUGAUAUAGCAGCUCCGGGUGUGAGUAUACUCGCGGCAGUAAGUCCGCGAGAUCCUGAAGCGCAUAACGGAUUUGGACUCCUUUCAGGGACAUCAAUGUCGACUCCUGUUGUUUCCGGAAUCGUAGCUCUCCUCAAAUCUCUACACCCUGAUUGGUCUCCUGCUGCUAUUAGAUCAGCUUUGGUCACAACAGCUUGGAGGACAAGUCCAUCUGGAGAACCCAUUUUUGCUGAAGGAUCAAACAAGAAACUUGCAGAUCCAUUUGACUAUGGAGGAGGACUUGUAAACCCUGAAAAAGCUGCAAAACCUGGACUUGUCUACGAUAUGGGAAUCGAAGGUUACAUCAAUUAUAUGUGUUCCGCUGGCUACAAAGACUCCUCAAUCUCUCGUGUUCUUGGUAAAAAGACUAUCUGCCCAACUCCUGAGCCAUCAGUUCUUGAUAUCAACUUACCUUCGAUCACAAUUCCAAAUCUUGAGCAAGAAGUCACACUCACAAGAACUGUAACCAAUGUUGGACCCAUCAAGUCAGUCUAUAAAGCCGUGGUCGAGUCUCCCCUCGGUAUAAAUCUCACCGUGAGCCCGACCACACUCGUGUUUAGCUCUGCUGCUAAGAGCGUGCUCACUUACACAGUGAAGGCUAAAACGAGCCAUGAAGUCAACACUGGCUACUUCUUUGGAAGCUUAACAUGGACUGAUGGUGUUCAUGAUGUUACAAUCCCUGUCUCUGUUAAGACAACGAUCAUGAUCAAGUCUUAACAAAGAAACUCAAUACUAUCUGAAAAUUAAACAAUUUCGAUCGAUUCUAUGUAUUAAAAAGAGCCAUAUGAUGCUCAUGGUCUUUGCUCUUCUGUAAUCUAUUGCAAAACUCAAUUCGAAGUGUCUUUAUGUAA